GGCAGUAAGCUAAGUUGCGAUGACCACCUCACGUGCCAGUCCUCAAGUGAAGCCGUGAAGCAUCUAAAUAACCAAUCGAUGCUCUGCCUUUUCCACAAAAGCCUCUCGAAAUUGCCUGAACCUGUUUCGAUGCUGCCUGAACCUGAACUAGGAUUAUCCGGCGCUUUUUCAUGGAUUCUCUCUUAAUAAACUCCCCUUAUACAGCCCUGGGUCCUUCUAACAUUCUUAACUCUAACAUCACUUCUUUCAAUCUUUCUUCUUUUUGGUUUUUCAGAUUCAAAAGACCCAAGAAAUUGAAAACAUCUUCAGUAACUGUUUCAUACUUGAAUCCCCCAAAUCCCAAUCCGGAAUGGAAAAAUCAGAGCUCAUACUUAAAACCCUUUUCGCUACUGCUUCCAAUUUUCAAGAAAAUCAAAAACUUUGCAGCAAAAGCCUCAAAGAACAAAUGGGGCUCUGUUUUUAAAGGUUGUAAUGGCCAUGAGAAUGUUCCUGAGGAACUUAGCGGGAAUUUGUUGCAAAAUGGAAGCUUUGGUAUGGCUCUUUUGAGUAUAACUGCAACAGCAAAGGUGAAGAUAAGUCCAAUUGUAGCUACAUUAGCUGCUAACCCAACGUUUGUUUCGGGGUUUAUAGCUUGGUUCAUGGCACAGUCAAUGAAGGUCUUUUUGAAUUUCUGUGUGGAGAGAAAAUGGGACUUUAGGAUUAUGUUUGCUUCUGGAGGGAUGCCUUCUUCCCAUUCAGCCUUGUGCACGGCAUUGACCACCUCAGUUGCUAUUUGUCAUGGAGUUGCAGAUUCAUUGUUUCCCGUUUGUUUGGGAUUCACUUUAAUUGUCAUGUAUGAUGCUAUUGGAGUCAGACGGCAUGCUGGGAUGCAAGCAGAGGUUCUCAAUCUGAUCGUUGAAGACUUAUUCCAAGGGCAUCCCAUCAGUCAAAGAAAGCUAAAAGAACUUCUUGGCCACACCCCAUCCCAGGUUUUUGCUGGGGCUUUGCUGGGUAUUAUGGUUGCUUGGAUGUGUAGUCAGGGUUGUUUAAUUGCAAUCUGACCAGCUUCAACAGGUAUACUUGCCAAUAACUAGGAGUUGUCCAUUACUACUGUACAAGAAGCACUGGCUUUUUGUAUGAACAGUUGAUACCUUAUAUUCAUUCCUUAGUAAAAGGAGAAAAUGUUCUGCAGCCAAUUUAAUUUGUUAGCCUUCUGAAUUUGUACUCUAGUGUAUGUUCAAGCUUUUAGGAUUUAGUAAUCUGCUUUUGAUUUUGUCCAUGGCAUAGUACUUGAUUUUCUCAGGUUAGAAAACUGUAUCAUUGUGGAGAGUAGUAUCGUACUCUCCACCGAAUCAGAGUUCAAGACUCGUGGUUUUAUUUUCAGUUUGCUUUCAUCUGUAUUCCUUUUUGUAACCGUAUCUAUCUGACUUUGAAGUACAUGAUGAUGAAGAGUGAUUUGCAGUGA